AUGGACGCCAUCAAUGUCAAUGUGGCCGGCAUUGGUGCUGGGCUAUUUGCGGCUACCUAUACAGCAUACCACGUCUAUGUCGGCUUGACCGGCCCGCUGGCUAGUCUGCCGGGCCCAACAUGGAGCAAGUUCACCGGCUUGCCCGUCGUGUACCAUAUCCAUCGCGGCACAAGGAUGUACUUUUUGCACGACCUGCACAAGCGCUAUGGCCCAAUCGUGCGCGUCACACCAAACGAGGUCUCCAUCUCAGACCCCAAGGCUGCCAAAGAGAUUCACAAGUUCCGCAGCGAGUACCUCAAGACGCAAUUCUACGAGGACGCGUCGUUCGACGAGGCCCAGAACGUCUUCACGACCGCCGACCCAGUCUACCACGCCGAGUGGCGCAAGCUCUUCGCAAAGUCAGUCUCCCAGUCGAACCUGAUCACCUUCCAGCCCUUGAUCCAAAAGUACGUGGACAUCUUGAUUCGGCAGAGAGAGAGGGAGAGAAGGGAGCAGGGCUACGUCGAUCUUGUCAAGUGGUUCAAGAGCUUCACGUCUGAUGUGACGGGGGAGCUGAGUGUGGGCUCGUCCCUGGGGAUGCUGGAGACUGGCGAGGGCGACUGGUCCAAGACCAGACACCUGCCCUGCUUCCCCUUCUCCACGCUGCGCGGGGUGUCCACGCGCCUCAACUCGGUCGCGAAGGCGUACAUUGACGACUAUCGCGCACGGGUAGCCGCAGGCGGCGCGGGAUCGACCACCACCACGAUCCUGCUCGACAGGGCGCUGGAGACGCAGGCGCGCGAAAAGGGCAGCAUCUCGGAGCACGAGAUCCUGUCCAACGCCGUGAUCCUGAUGCUCGCGGGAACCGACACGACUGCCAAUACGCUGGCGUAUAUGCUGUGGCUGCUGUUCAAGUUUCCCGACAUCAAGGCUCAGCUGGACGAGGAGAUUGACGAGGCGAGGCUGCCUGGAAAGCCGGGCAUUGAAGACCUUGCGAAGCUGAAGUAUCUCGACUAUUUCAUGCUCGAGGUCAUGAGGUUGUAUGGCGCUGCGCCGGGGCCGCUGCAGCGAAAAGUGCCCAAAGGGGGCCGCGACAUAUGCGGCUACUUCGUCCCAGCAGGCAUGACUGUGUCACCCCUGGGCUUCAGCAUCUCACGCGACCCGGUCGUCUAUCCGGAACCGGACACGUUCAACCCGGACCGGUGGGCGGACGCCACAACGGCCAUGAAGGAGGCCGACUUCAGCUUCGGCGGGGGCACGAGGAUCUGUCUGGGCAUGCACAUUGCCAACCUCGAGAUGAAGAUGGUCGUGGUGGCGUUCCUGCGUUCGUCGCUGAGCGAUGCGCAGCUCGCGUAUGGCAUCAAUGGCGCCAGUGACAACUGGCCUACGGAGAAUUUCCCUGGUGGUCGCGUCGCAUUCUUACUCUCACACAACAAUCUCAUGUGGUGUUGA